AUGGCAAUUUUCUUUGCGAUACUCAUGCCUUCGAAGGAUGAACAAGGGCCUGCCAGCUGGGUGCGCUCUCUCCUAUCCAAUCCCUGUGAAACGCUUGUGUCGACUCCUAACAUUAUCUCAACAUUUCCUGACCCGCUGCGUGUCGAGCGAGUGAGGACACGGAAGGCGAACUUGUUCGAGCUUCGGUCGCACAUACUCUCGCGCCAAUGCGCUCUUUUACAGGCUACUGACCGGAUCGCUGAAUUACCUCUUCGUGCUGUCCGCACCAUCCGUCUUGCAAGCAAGGAGUCAAGGGAUCUUAAGCUGCGAGUUUCGCCAUCCCAGUUGUACUUUUGGACAUUCAUUUGCUCCCUUCAAACCCUCGAAAUCUUUCGCCGUGGUACUCCUUGCUCGAUAAAACCGGAGCAUUUCAGGAAACUUCGGCAGAAAUACUUAAUUGAAAAUAAGAUAUUCCAAGCUUCAAGUCUCCACAUUUGUUCGCCCAGUGUUUUGACCACCGAGGACGAAUCAAUCUGUCCUUCGACUUUGUCUGAAACAGCCUCCUCUAUCCUUAUGUCGGCGCGUCUUGAAGCACUUGAAUCGUUGGAUUUCCUCGAAGAUGCCUCUCUACAAACUGAGGGUACUUUCAACAUCCUGGCGCGGGCUGUCUUUGCAUCAGUAGUGGCCGACGACAGCGCUAAAUCCGGUCGUAUUGUUUCUCACAACCAAAUUCUCAUCGGAACAAGUCAGUGGACUGUUGACUUGUGGAGACGCGCGUGUACAGCUCUUGCACGUUUGGGUCGGUAUUUGGAACUCUGGCCAAACGCCGAACGUUCUUCUGACAAAGAUGCACUCAAUUCAACACAGGAUAUUAUGCUGUUGUCCAUGCUGAAGUUACUGCGAAAUCUCACGAGUAGCAACAAUGAAUCUGAAAAACCUGGACAUUUGCAUUUCGCAGGUUCGUUUGGCGCUCAGUUGGCUGUGGCUUUCAUUUCACCAGAGUCAUUUGAAGAAACCUAUCGGAAAUUUGCCGGUGCUUGCAUUUUCUUCCAAUUUUGCUAUGGUGCUAAGCGUGCCUCUAUGUAUACGUCACUGGAGUUAGCUGACUUUUAUCGGGAUGCUCGGAAAUUCAUACAAGCAGAAUCUCUGUACCAAAGAGCUACGGAGGUUUUAAUGAAAACUUCCUGGACGGAGCUUGCUACGUAUUCCCUUCUGCAGCAGGCAUUUUGUCAGCAAGUCCAGUGGAGAACAGAAACUGUUGAUACAAUUGAGGCAUCCGUUUUUAAACGGUACGUCCAAACAGCCCUGAUCCUCUCGAUAACCCCAGCAGACUAUUUGGAAAACUGCUACAAGAUUUUGAGCAACCGCUGCUCCCACUUUGACAGCCUUUUUGAGGACGGCACGGCUUCUUACGAGGAGGCCAUCUUGCCGCCGUGGUGGCCGGAGGAUUGGUGGAAACACGCCGUGAGCACAGUGGCCGAGCACUAUGCGCGCAUCUCCUCCAGCUCGACCAGCGACGUCUUGCCCCUCCAUCGCGUCUGCCCGCCUCUUGCUGUGCUCUCCUUGAGGCCUCUCUUUCAUCUGAGUCUGAUUGAACUAGACGAUGCCAAUCCUCACACCGGCAGGCAAGUGGUUCGAAUUCACCUCUUCGUUGCUGGCGUACGACCAAUCCUAGCGCGACGUUUAAGCAAUGAAACGCUCGUUUUCUUUUUUGCAAGGGUUUCACUUCGGGGACGGUCCACGGUUGUGCGGGAUUGGACGGAGCCCCCUUUGUCGAAUGAGUCAAAUGACCUUCGAAGCUGCGAUCAGGCGAAAUUUUUUAAUGUCGACUUGGCAGUCGAGGGCAGCCUUCCCGGCGCGCCGGCUUCGUCCGCUGAAAACGCGUUCACCACGAAGGACCACGGCUCCGGUCACUCCACCUCUGGGAGUUCAAAUGCAGCCAAAGAAUCUGUGAUGAGGAGGCUGUUCCGAAGGUCAAGUGUCAGGUGGGCGCUUGUCUCCCUAGAACAGACCAUCAAAGGGAGGUCGAGCCGGGGCAUGUUCAGGCAAUCGAACAACAACCUAAAUGCAACAGAUGAUGGCUCAGUUUCUGACGGGAAACCGACAAGGCGACCUGCGUCCAUUGAUUUUCUUGCCUUUCGUGGUCGCUUGAGCACACCAGACAGGGCGAGCCCUUUGUCGCUCGCCUCACUCCAGGAUGGACUCACACUCUCCUCAGAAGAACGUGUUUCUUGUAACUUCCAUGUUUUUUACCUCGUGGUAGAUUACGACCGAGAUGUGCGCAGCUCUGCAGCAACCCCUGACGAGACCUCAACUUUCGGAGCCUCGGUUUUCUCCGCUGAGGGUGUUCGACGCCACAAAAAGGGAUUCAGCAUGUCUGAUUGGUCAGGCCUUCUGCAAGCGUUCAAACAGACCAAGAAUGCGGCCGUCCCAAAGCCUCAGCAGACACAUCCUAACAAAAACCACCACCUCACUCCGGUCGUCACAACGACACAAAGUGAAAUUGACCACAACGAUAUCUACUUUUAUCCGCGUUGCCAUGCAAGGCGUCUGUGUAAAUGCAGGCUGCCUGAAGCAGCCAAGGAAUUGGUAGACAGUAAGGGCGAUGCGUUAACUCUUCAUCCGGGGUACAAUUACCUCAUGUUGGAGACCGCUCAAUGCGGAUUCCAUCUCCCCAGGGAGAUCUCAAUUGCCAUAUACAAUGGCACAGAAGAUGCAGUCAGCGGCUCAUCUAUUUUCAACUUUACGGGUCUAAUCGCGCCUGAGCACUUCGGGUCGACGUGGUCCAACCGCACUCUCCUUGGGCGUCUUCUCCCGCAGGUGGAACAGGUAGCUGCCCUUCGAGUGCCCAAGUCAAUCGACUCACCAAAUAAAUCCGCUAAAGGUGUGUUUGCAGUGAUCUAG